CAGGAGCAGCUGUGCCUCCUAGAGCCGAGCCUGUAGAGGACAGGAACGGGGAAGCUGCAAACAUGGCAACGGGCACAGAGGCAGAGACCAGGCAGAGGCUGCUGAAGACUGUCAAGAAGGAGGUUAAACAAAUUAUGGAAGAAGCAGUUACAAGGAAAUUUGUCCAUGAAGACAGCAGCCACAUCAUAUCUUUUUGUGCUGCAGUGGAAGCAUGUGUUCUUCAUGGUCUGAGACGCAGGGCUGCUGGAUUUUUGCGCAGCAACAAAAUUGCUGCAUUAUUUAUGAAGGUGGCAAAGAGCUUUCCUCUUGCAGAAGAGCUUUGCAGGAAGGUACAGGAUCUUGAACAGCUGCUAGAAAACAAGAAAAACCAAAUGCAAGGUGCCCAGGAAACUGUUCGCAAGAACCAAAGACUUCCUAAUCUAUCACCUCAGGCCAUCAAACAUCUAUGGAUUCGUACAGCACUUAUUGAAAAAGUGUUAGAUAAAAUUGUUCUUCACUUAGUGGAAAAUUCCAGCAAAUAUUAUGAGAAGGAAGCACUUUUAAUGGAUCCUGUAGAAGGGCCGAUCCUUGCUUCUCUGCUAGUUGGUCCAUGUGCAUUGGAGUAUACAAAAAUGAAAACAGCAGACCAUUUCUGGACGGAUCCAUCAGCAGAUGAGCUUGUUCAGAGACAUCGCAUACACAGUUCUCACUGCCGACAAGACUCUCCCACAAAAAGACCUGCCCUGUGUAUUCAGAAAAGACACUCAAGUGGGAGUAUGGAUGAUAGACCAUCAAUGUCAGCUCGAGACUAUGUGGAGUCAUUACACCAGAAUUCAAGGGCAACGCUUCUUUAUGGCAAAAACAAUGUGAUGGUCCAACCUAGAGAUGAUAUGGAAGCAAUCCCUGGAUAUUUGUCUCUUCAUCAAACUGCAGAUACAAUGACCUUAAAAUGGACCCCAAACCAACUUAUGAAUGGCUCUGUGGGUGAUUUAGAUUAUGAGAAAAGUGUUUACUGGGACUAUGCAAUGACCAUUCGUCUUGAGGAAAUUGUGUAUUUGCACUGUCACCAACAAGUGGAUAGUGGUGGCACUGUGGUAUUAGUUAGUCAGGAUGGAAUACAGAGACCUCCUCUCAGGUUCCCCCGUGGAGGGCAUCUUCUCCAAUUUCUCUCCUGUCUGGAAAAUGGCCUACUCCCUCAUGGACAACUUGAUCCUCCAUUAUGGUCACAAAGAGGAAAGGGCAAAGUAUUUCCCAAGCUGAGAAAAAGAAGUCCUCAGGGUUCCUCAGAGUCCACUUCAGACAAGGAAGAAGAUGAAGCAACAGACUAUGUAUUCAGAAUAAUAUACCCAGGGAGUCAAUCUGAAUUUGUGCCUCAGGAUUUUAUAGAUCCUCAGGGGGUAGGGCUACCCUCAAUGUGGCAGCCAAGUGCUCGCAAGUCCUCUUGCUCUUCAUGCUCUCAAAGUGGAUCCUCAGAUGGAGGUCCAUCCAAUGGGUGCAAUCAUGAGAGGGCGCCUCUUAAAAUGUUGUGUGACAAUAUGAAGUAUCAAAUUGUCUCCAGAGCCUUCUAUGGGUGGCUUGCCUAUUGCAGACAUUUGUCUACUGUGAGAACACAUUUAUCAGCGUUGGUAAAUCAUAAAAUAGUUUAUCCAGAUGUUUCAGUUGAUGCAAGCUUUGGCCUUACUUUAGAUAUGUGGCAAAAAUAUUUGGAUGAUAGUAAGAGAUAUGAAGAACAAGAACUUUUACGUCUUAUUUAUUAUGGGGGAAUUCAGCAUGAGAUCCGGAAAGAAGUCUGGCCUUUUCUUCUUGGUCACUAUCAGUUUGGAAUGACAGAUGCAGAGAGAAAAGAGGUGGAUGAUCAAAUCCGUGCGUGCUAUGAACAGACCAUGGCAGAAUGGCUUGGUUGUGAGGCUAUUGUGCGACAGAGAGAGAAGGAAUCUCAUGCAGCUGCUCUAUUAAAGUGUUCUUCUGGAGCCAGUCUAGACAUACAGAUCCAGAGGAUGAUGCACAGGGACUCCACAGUCAGCAACGAGUCUUCCCAAAGCUGUAGUUCUGAUCGGCAAAAUCAUGCUCGUCUACAGAGUGAUUCCAGUUCAAGUACACAGGUUUUUGAGUCUGUAGAAGAAGCUGAUCAAACGGACACUAGAAAUGAUGACAGUAAACCUAUAAAAAUACUCAAUGGAACAUUACCUAAUGGGACUUGCUCUCCAGAUUCAGGCCAUCCAUCCUCCAGGAACUUCUCUAUCACAUCUGGGUAUUCAGACCAUAGUUUUAGCACAGAUGACAAUGCCUCAAUGGAGACUAUUAAAAAUGCACUUUACCUCCACAUGAAGCCAGUAUCGGCUAAUGGAAAGAAACAAAGCACCCUGGACAGUACCUUGGAUAAUAAAAGGGUAGAAGGGGAACUUGCAGUUCAGGACAGCAUGGACACUGAGGCAACAGCCAAUGAAAGUUUGGAUGACUUUUUAUCAAUUACUGAGGACAUAUUGCCAGAUAAGGAGACUACGGUUCUCUCAGUUGUAGAAGCUUGGCCAGACAGUGAAGCUGAGAAAGAGAGCCUGGUGGGAAGUGAAGACAACUUAUCCGAAGAGCCGGAGAUGGAGAGUCUUUACCCACAACUUGAUUCAUUGGUUGUCAUUGAUGCAACAAUGUCUGAAGUUUCCCCUGUCUCUUCGUCUGGAGUUACAUACUCUCAAGAAAUACUGGAUAUGUACACUAUCAACUUGCAUCGUAUUGAGAAGGAUGUCCAGAGGUGUGACCGUAACUAUUGGUAUUUUACACCCCCCAACUUGGAAAAACUUCGAAAUGUUAUGUGCAGCUAUGUCUGGCAGCACAUUGAGAUUGGCUAUGUGCAAGGAAUGUGUGAUUUGCUGGCUCCUCUGUUGGUAAUCCUGGAUGAUGAGGCCAUGGCAUUUAGCUGCUUUACAGAACUAAUGAAGAGGAUGAACCAGAACUUUCCCCAUGGAGGUGCUAUGGAUACACACUUUGCCAACAUGAGGUCUCUUAUACAGAUUCUGGAUUCAGAGCUUUUUGAACUGAUGCAUCAAAAUGGUGACUAUACUCACUUCUACUUUUGUUACCGCUGGUUCCUUCUAGACUUCAAAAGAGAAUUGGUGUAUGAUGAUGUAUUCUCAGUAUGGGAAACCAUCUGGGCUGCUAAACAAGUGUCAUCUUCCCACUUUGUCCUCUUCAUUGCAUUGGCAUUGGUGGAAGUUUAUCGUGAUAUUAUUCUGGAAAAUAAUAUGGACUUUACCGAUAUUAUAAAGUUCUUUAACGAGAUGGCAGAGAGACACAACAUAAAGCAUAUCCUGAAACUUGCCCGAGAUCUUGUGUAUAAGGUUCAGACACUGAUUGAGAACAAGUAAAGGGGCCUCCAGAGAGAGAGAAGCACAGCCACAUCCAACCCAGCAUGAAAACUCCCACUGCCAUGGAGCCCUGGAAAUCAUUUGUUCAGCAAUGCAAUCAAGUCCAAACAGAAGAGAAUAAGUUAUACAAUACACUAUCUUAAUGGCCAGUUUAUUCAUGUAAAUAAGUGCCAGAAACUGAGCCAGUUCUAGUAGCAUAGGAAGCAGCUACUGAAAGAAUGGGUGUCUUUUUUUUUUCUUCCUGAUUUAGUUUUUUUUGCUGUUUGGCCUCGUUAGUUUAUUGUUAAACCAAAGACCUCACUACAAGGUUGAUUUCCUUGAUGAUUUCAGAAACCCUUCACCAAUAUUAAAAGUGUUAAUGUGCUAGUGAUCCUUGUUAAAAUAUAGCAUUAAUUGGGUUACAGUGUAAGAAAUAUAUACACAUUAUAUAUAUAUUCUUAAGCUCCAUAUUUCAGAAGGCCAUAGUCACAAACCUGUUUAUAGAACACACUUUAGCACAAACAGAGUAGAUUAUUUUUAUCUAAUGAUGUUGCCAUUAUGAGUUAAUCUCAUUUUCUGCCAGGACCAGCUGCUUAUUAUGUAUGCAAAUUGCUCAAAAUCGAGGCCUGUGUUUUGCCCGUCUGGAGGUCCUGCUUAUUUAUUAAUAAUUUAACUUCCUACUAUUUGGCUGCACAGCUUUAUCAUUGCAGGGAUGAUUUAUAGGCACAAUCUAUUGGAAUAUAUCAGAGAUAAUGUAUAAAUAUAUAUUGAUAUUAUUUAUUUUUUAUUGACUUUAUUGUUUUACAUGGUUUUAUGUUGCUGAAUUUGCAGUAUGAGAAUGAUUGUAGUUAUCAAAACACAUGCUUUUACUAAUAAUGAGUCGGUUGCAAAAUGCCUUUCUUUUUUUAAAUCUUUUUUCACACUGAUUUUUUCACUAACGUCCUGUAGAUCCCAACAGUGAAGUUACCUUUUCUACUUUAAUUAUGAUAAGAUGCAUUUUUAGCGACAAGGAAGUUCAUUGUGCAAGGCUGGUAACAUUCAGUGUUUUUUAAACAGAUUAAAGGCUAAGUAUCAUGAAAAAAAUGUAUAUCCCCUAUCCGUAUAUCCCCUAAAUGUCACACCACCUCUAUAUAGCGCUAUGGGAGAGCCAAAGGUUGCCAAACGGCUUUCCCAUAGAGCUAUAUGGAGGGGGCGUGGCGAACUCUGCUUCGGGUGGGGGGUCAUGAUACGCCCCUGUGGUAGAAAGUCGGGUCUCCAAACAGCAGAUCACGGGGGCCCGAGCGAUAGGACCCCCCACGUUCUAAAAUGAUCCCCUAUACUUCAGAUAGGGAAUAUGUUUUUUUUUUUUCAUGAUACUUAUCCUUUAACUCAAGCCCUUUAUUUCCAAUGCAGGGAAUAAACUGCUGUGUGUCUGAAGGAUUUAUCUGUUUAUUUAAGUUUUCACAAGUUUAAAGAGUACCUGUCAUCAACAAAAACUUUUAAUAUGAUGUUCGUAAUCAUUAAUGAAGACAUAUUGUAAUAUAUCUUCAUUAAAAAAUAUUAAUAUUUAUACCAGUUUUUUUCAUUUUAUACUUUUGGCUACUAGGGGUCUCUCUUCUAUGCCUGGUCUGCAGGCAGCUUCCUAUGCUUUUCAUAGUAAGUGUACAGCUUUUAGGACUAAUGCUGAAAGGGCUCUGGUCCUUCCACAGGAAGUUCAGUACUCUCAGCUCAGGACUCGCUCCCAGCCAUGAGCAGGACUGUGAGCUACAAGCCUGCACAUGCCUCUCAUAAAACAGAUGCCAGUCACCUCCCCCUCCCCCCUGUUCUGUGUUCUCCCUGCCCCUCACCACACGUUAUCUUAUACAUUGUAUUAUCUCACUGCACUCCCUGCUCUGUGCCCCCCCCCCCAUCUGACAUUCAUCUUAAUUACUGCCUCAGUAAUUGCUCCCACCACCCCUGGUUCUCAGCAUUUACUUUUUAGUGCAGAGAGACACAGGAGAGGGAGAGAGGCUGCCGUCCCUCCCCGGUACUUAGUCUGUAUGCACACUGCACACAGCUGUUGGCUGUCUGGGCAUGCUGGGAGUUGUAGUUUUGCAACAGCUGGAGGUACCCUGGUUGGGAAACACUGCUGCAGAGGGAGAGCAGCAUACAGGAAGACUGGCAGAAGCAGAGUCCCGGCCAGGCUUCAUGUGACCUCAUGCCUGCCGGGACCCGCCUCCUUCCACCCCUCAGAAAGACAGUGCUCCUGAGCUAAUGAAGAGGGAUGAAAAAAGGUAUUUCCACAGUGUUUUAAACCUCAAUAAACGCAGGGAAAGCCAUAGUUAGAGUAAGGGACAGAUGGGGAGGGGGAUCAGGGAAAGUUUAGUUGAUGACAGGUACUCUUUAAAGAAUAUGGCUGCUACACAGAACAACUCCUUUCUUUUUAUCUGCCCUCAUGUUAGACUCCUUACUUGUCCUCAUGUCAGAGCCCAUUUAGUCUGAGUGGGGAGGCUCUUGGAUGGGUAUAUGCUGCCUUACAAACCUGUAUAUAGCUAAUGAGCUAUCCAAAGCAUGUAUCCAAAGCCUACCAUUCCUAUUUAAAAUAUUCGGAUAUUUUUUGAAGUGUUAGAGAACUUCUGAAAUAAAGUAAAGAAUUAACUAAGGGAUAUGGUCAUACAUUCUAACACAGCGCAUGUAUGUUAUUGAUCUAUAUGUUAUCAUACUGCAUGUGCAGCCAUACACAUUUUAGUCCCAUAUUAACUGUUACAGUCAUACAAGCUGGCUUUACAUGUUUAAUGACUCCAGGGUAUGGACGAACAAUCUUUCUGGGAGAAAAUUCUUGAAACUUUUUUUCCUGUAAGAUUGUUCUCGGGCUAUCAGAAAAAUUUCAAGCGCAACAACUUUUGAGAUCUGUCAACAUUUGGCUAAAGCAAUCUUUCAUUGUUAAACUUCCCUUAAUGAGUGAAUGUUUUGGUUGAAGUUGGCUGUUUUCAUCUGCUCUAAUGUGUAUGGUUUUCUUUAGUGUUACAGCACAAAUUAAAUUGGCAAAGCCCAGGCAAAUGUUAGUGAACUAAAUAUAUAAAUCUUACUGAAUAUCUUAUAACCGAAUAUCAUAUAACUUUCCCUUUAAACUAUGCUACUGGGAAUUAAAGUGAAUUUGAAAAUCGCUUUGUAUGUCUCGAUUUAGUAGCACUCAUAACAUGUUAUUUUGUAGAAAAAAAAACAAGCAUUAUAAUAGAUUAAUUCGAACAGGGGGGCUCAUUUAUGAACACUAAUGCACAAGAAAAGAAUAGGAGUUGUCUGUAUCAAGUAGGUCAAUACUUUUAUUUUCUAACCUGCACUACAAAAUAGUAGUAGUAAUCUAGUUGCUGUUGGCAACAGAACUGCUUUUCCUCUUCAUUUAUUUAUUUAUUUUUAAAUAAGGGUACAUUAUGUACUAAAUAUCAUACCCAGGAAACAACAAUACUGGUUCAAAAUCUUUCUUUUAAUUUGGCGUGAGCAUAAUUUAAUGUACAUUGCAGUACACUUCUGUGUGGAAUUAUUGUACUGUGGAAUUGUUUUUCCUGGUAAACCCAAUUAGUCAUGGGGUCUGUCUCCAGCAUCACUGUUCAGCAUGAAAAUCUGCAAAUGUUGCUCAGCCUUUCUCAUUGGGACUUCCAGUCAUUAUUCAGGAUUAAACCUAGCCUGAUAAUAUCACCAGUUUGUCUUAAAUUAUUAUUUUUAUGUUGGAAUUGAUAACUUUGAUAAUGGCUUUUAAAGGAAAAAAAAAAGUUUUACAUAUCGUAAAAGUAGGGAAUCACUACUGUCACUACUUUAUCUCAAAAACCUGCAUAUCAGUAUCAAUCAUGAUGAGCUAAUGUAUUCAGAAGCUUUAUUUAGCACCUGAAUAUGUCCUACUUCUCUUGAAAUAUGUUAUGCAUAUGAAAUUUUUACUUGCAAAGUUAGGGUCCUAUAAACAAGGCACCUUAGCAUAAACAGUGUUAGAAAGUGUUUAAUAAAGGCUCCAUUAAUCUACGAUAUCCUAUAAUAUCUGUAAAGGAUCCUAGGCUCUUAAGAAGAGUUGAUUUUGUGUCCUCAAAUAUCAGUGUUUUUGAAUAACUUAUAAAGAUAAUGAUAACUAUUUAUUUCUUCUAUUUACUGUACAUUUCUGUGUCUUCGUAAAAGUCAGUGUGUGAAUCAUUUUACUAGUAAAGAUAUCUCUUAAAUGUUUCCAACAUACCUUGUAUAUGUACUCAGAGAAUUCUGUUUGUGUGAAGAGAGGAGACACAUAAAGAGUUGCGUUAUUUUUUCAAGGAUAACUUUGUUUUCAUGAAUCCUACAGAUCAUAAGACAUAAACUUAAUGUAUUGCCUUUAUCUACAUUUUUAUUAUCUUAGGUGUUUAUUUUGUUGCAUCUUUAGAAACUCUGCAGAACAUGCCAGUAAUUUUGUGACCAAUCUUUAAAACUCUGUUUUAUGAUAUUUUAAAUCUACCUAUGUCAUAAAGCACCAAAAAAUUGGGUCACCAACUUUAACUUUAGAGGCAUACACAAAGGGAGGAAUUUAUAAUUGUAGGUGUAAGUGAAGCAUUUUUCUACACUUUUUUGUGUGUGUGUGUGUGUGUGUGCUGGUAAUGUGCAGGAGCACCACAUUUAUUAAAUAGUUACAGAGCAUUUCAUAAAUUUUGUGCAGGUACACUUUUUCAGAAAUGUUACUCUUCACAUACACCAUAAAGCUAAGUCUGGGCUGGUGUAGUUUAGAGACUUUUCAGUGGCUCUGCGCUUUUUUUGCGCCUUUUCACAAAAAAGGUGCAGUUCAUAAAAUCCUUCCAUAUCAGGUGUAUUGCCAAAAUCAGUGGAUUGCAACUAAAAAUCAGCAGAAAUCUGUAAACCAAAAUGCACAAAUAAACCCUGCUUGCGCCUUUUCUUGACACAAAAAAGUCUAAAGACAAUGAUAAAUGUCGGCCAUUGUGUCAUUCCAGAGCAGUUAGCCCACUGUGCUGUUAGCAACACAGCAGUAGAAGUUUCAUGCCUAAAAAAAAAACUUUUGCAUAAAGCUGCUUACAUUGUGUGUCUGUGUAUCAGUAUGAUUAAUUAAAUCAUAUUUUCAAAUAUAAUAAAGAAUAUCCUUGCCCUCUGUUUAUAAUACAGAGUUGUGCAAGGUAUUAAAUCAUGCAAAUGAAAAGUAUCAAUGCUUCUAGCAUAGUAAUGGGUAGUUCAGUAACCAGCUCGUCAAAAAUAUUUAAACUAGACUGCGACCAUCCUCUCCCCCAGCACAUUUUAGUAACUAAGGGAAUGCUUUUACUAAGGGAAUGCUUUUACUAAGGGAAUGCUUUUAUGUUUUUGUGCAUACAGUGAACUUUUGGAAUACGCAGAUAUUGAUUGCCGUGUACCUCUCUUUUUUUUUUUUUUUUUUUUUUUUUAUGGGAACCAAUGUGUCAUAUUGUAUUCCUCAUUGUCUUUAAUCAGCAGUAUAAACUAGGACACUGGUCUCCACACUUGUGUACCUCCAGUUGCUGAAAAACUUCAACUUCCAGUAUGCCUGGACAGCUGAUGGCUGUCUGGGCAUGCUGUAGAUUGUAGUUUUGCAACAGCAGGGGGUGCACUGGAAGAUCCUCCCAAUAUAUACUUCCAACAUAGGGUUGAAACCAUAUGUAAACCGAAAACAGUAAGGAGGUUUCUACACAAAUCUACUUCCCACUAUAAACUUCCAUACUGAUAAAUUGAAAUAACGUUUUCAAAGUUAGACAGGUCUCCCAAAAAUGCUUUGGUAUUUCUCUUAGGUGUUUUUUGUUUUGUUUGUAAUAUAAGCUUAUGUACAAAGGCAAGGUGUCCAGCGCGAGUAUCAGAAAACAGGAUAUUUAUUCCAAUAAAAGCUACAAAGACCAGGAGAACAUGACAGGGUAAUAUAAGCUUAUGUAAAAUAAGUUGGCAUGUGUACAUUCAGUACAUAGUGCACUAUUCAAAUUUUAUAUUAUAUACUAAACCGCAGAUACAGAUAUAUCUUGUGUACAUUUGUGCAGAUGACAUAAUUAUAUAAAGCUUCAUUUGCUUAAAGCUUUUCCCAGACACUACAGCUUUGCUUACCAAUUGCCCCUUAUUAAAUGGGUUCUCUGGAAUUAGAUAAAAAGGAUUUGCCUCUUUUAGAAACAGCACCACUCUUGUCCAUGGGUAAUAAACUCUGCUCUUGUAUGUGUUUUCUGUGGCACUCUACACUACGUAAAGGAGCAGAAUCUAAUGACAAUGAAAGGAAUCAAUUCUCCUCCAGCCACAAGGCAUACAGCCUAUUGGUAGGUGUGAGGACACUCUACAGUCCCAAGACGUCACACCACUGCAAUCAUCAUGGCUUUGGCUACAUCUGUAGAGUGGCAGCCUAAUUUGUUAAUUAUAAAAUCAUGGUUAAAAUCGUAAAAACUUUUAAACAAAUCAGCACUUAAAUAUUUGGUUGUAAAAUAUAGUACACAACAUAACUUUUUCCAUAAAAUAACAAUAGUACUUGUAUAAUAAUGUCAAACAUUUCGCCAGUUAAUAUGUCUACCACAUCUUACCCCCAACAUCUAAUAAAAUCAUGAAUAAACCAUUUUUAUACCCCAACACCAUGGACAGUUGAAAUAUUGGUUAUCAUCUCCUUUUGUACCUGGAAAAUAAAAUCCACCUGCUAUAUCCAGGUUCCCAAAUAAAAUUAGUGCUAAAUUGUUGUUCUGUGCCAGGGGCAGGUAGACCACUUGAGUAAAAAUUCUUUAUUUUUUUGAGAGGUCACAGGAUAAUAACAAUGAGGUGUAUUUACUUGUUCCGGUUUUGUAGUCUUCUUGCUGCUGUGUUUGUAUUUCUUUCUUGUUUUGUGUAAUUCUAAAAAAAACUAUGUGAGUAAAUACACCUGUAAACUAGCAGUGCCACUGUAUGAGAGAAAUGUCCUUUACUCAUAAAUUAUGCACAUUUUACAGGUAAAUUAUCAUGAGAGAUCUCUUCACCUGAAAAUGCUGUAUUUGCUUGUGUAUUAUAAAGAUCAUUCAUUGAGAAUAGUGACAUCACAAUUUCACUGGAAAGCACCUAUAAUACCUCACUGUGAGUUUUAGCAAGAUGCAACAAAAGAAAUGCUGCCUACCUUCUUGGAAUUAAUUGUGAAACAUAUCAAAGUGGUAAUACUUAUGUUUUCUAGAGUGUGAUGCUUUUAGAGUACAUUGUAAGAGUGUGAAUAAUCUCAUAUGAAAAUGCGUUCUCUUGUAGAAUUUUCUUUUACUUCCUUGACAGUAUGAUAGUGUAAUAAUAAUUAUUCAGUGAAAAUGCUCUGAUAAGGUGUAUUUGUGGACUUUUUCCUCAAGCUGUGGACUCUUAUUCUUCCAAAAUAAUGUUUUUAUUUUAUUAUAUUGUAUGUCAAGCUAGUUACACCAGAACUUCCUACAGUAUGUUUACAUGUGGCAGAUGUGCUACAGAAAUUUCUGUAACAAUUUGAUAGAUCUGCAUUGAGUUAGUAAAAAUGCAUGUUCAUGCUGCAAAAUAGCCUCAUUCAAAUGUUAAGAACAGAUUUUCAGUCUCCAAUAAGUUAACCAGGUGUGAACAUACCCUCACUCAUCUAAGACACGUAUAAAAGAUCACUUUAUAGUACUCAUUAAAUUGAAUAAACAAAUAUAUUUCAUGUAAAAAGGCACUGUCAGCUCUACUGACUUGUUAACCAUCGUUCCUUAGAAUUUAUGUUGUGCCGUUUCUUUUUAAGGCUGCGUUCACACUGUGAACCCAUUACAUAAUGGGUAUGCAUCAGCAUCCUGUUAAAAAGGGAUGCCAACAUAUACCAUGGUACUGACAGGGAGUUUAAUGGCCUAAACAUAGUAAACUAAUGACAAAAUUUUUCAACUUAUAGGUACAGGGAAUGCCUUAAGGAUUAUUGUAAUAAAAAAAAACUCUUGACAUAUCAGACAUGUCAAAAAUGUUUUUUGGUCAGGGUCUGAUGUCUAGAUAUAGUUGGAAAAAGUUGAAUGUGCAUUUCUCUCCCCAGCUUGCCACCUGAUCUGAAUCAUUGCAGGAGAUGCGUUCCAUAGACUUAAAUGGGUACCUAGCUGGAAAACAUUUUUAUUUAAAUCAACUGGUGCCAGAAAGUUAAACAGAUUUGUAAAUUACUUCUAUUUAAAAAUCUUAUUCCUUCCAGUACUUAUCAGCUGCUGUAUGCUCCAGAGGAAGUUCUUUUCUUUUUAAUUAUUUUCUGUCUGACAACAGCGCUCUCUGCUGACAGAUAGAAAAGUAAUUUACAAAUCUGUUUAACUUUCUGGCACCAGUUGAUUUAAAAAAAAAAUUUUGUUUUCCAGCGGAGUACCCAUUUAAUGACCCUCUGCUCCUGUGAUGCCUUGGAUCAGGUGGCAAGCUGUGAGGAGAAGUGAUAUAUCUAGAGAUAUCUAGAGAUUGAAGAGGGUUUCAACACAGACCUUGACCAAUUAAAAGUUUUAAUGUUUGUGUGACAAUUCAAAAAAAAAUGUCAUGUCAGUAAUGCUUCUAAGCUGAAUAGGUCCUUUGCCAGGACAAUGCAGAAUAACCUUUUUGACAGGAUGCCUACACAUACCUACAUACAGGGUUAACACCGUGUCAUCCCAACCUUACAUAAGCAUAGGGAGCCCAAUAAUGUUUAUUCAGGCAUAGUGUAAUAAAAGCAACACUGUUACCUUGUGGAACUUUUCUCGAACAAGUUUGUUUUCCAUUCCCCUUUCCAAUGGGGCUUAAAGGGGUACUCAGCCCCUAGACAUCUUAUCCCCCAUUCAAAGAUAGGGGAUAAGAUGUCUGAUCACCAGGGUCCCGCCGCUGAGGACCGCAGCGAUCUCUCCAGCAGCCCCCUAGUCAUCUGCAGCACGGAGCCAAAGUUUGCUCUGUGCCUGAUGACUCACGAUACAGGGGCCUGGUGGUUUGUGUUGUCAUGGCCCCUCCCCCUUAAUGCAAGUCUAUGGGAGGGGCGUGGUGGUGGUCAUGCCUCCUCCCAUAGACUUGCAUUUAAGGGGGUGGGGCAUGUCACAAGGGGGCGGGGCAGCGAUGUCACGAAAAGUUGGCCCCUGUAUCAUGAGUCAUCAGGCACGGAGAAAACUUUGGCUCCGUGCUGCAGAUGACUAGGGAGCUGCUGGAGAGAUCGCGGGGGUCCCCAGCGGCGGGACCCCCGCGAUCAGACAUCUUAUACCCUAUCCUUGGAUAGGGGAUAAGAUGUCUAGGGGUAGAGUACUCCGUUAACCCUACACACUCCAACACUAUAAACGAAUAUACAUGUUUAUAGAUGUUCUCAAGUUCAAGAUAAGUCAAAUUUUUAUAAUAAAAUAGGCCAUUUAUAGACUUCCUGACAGUAAUCCUUUUAAUGAAAACUACAGUGAGCUUUACCGCAGCCGGAAAUUGUCAACUUUUGUAUGUGUGUUACAAAUGCAGGUUCUUUAUUGUCAAGGAAUGAAUCUCCUGAUUAUUGAAACCCUUAAAUAAAAAGCUGAAGCACUUGUUAUACAUAAUUGUCUACCAUAUGUAUGCAUAUAGUAUAGAACAUGUUUGUUUGUCCUGUUUGCUUUGUUCCUGUAGUAAAAAUAGUAACAAUAAUGUAUUCUGCUAUAGUGAAACAUUCACUUUCAGCAAUUCAAAAACUGUUCUGCUAGCUGAGGGAUUUAUCGUACCACAAUGUGAUGUGCUAGGACAUAAAAAAAGAAAUCUGUUAUGUGAAGUUCAUGUUUUACAUAUUGUAUCUUGUUUCCUGACUCAACAAUGGUGAACGCUUUUUAUAUGAUUUUAUUCACUUUUUAUUUUUAUUAUGUAAAUUUCUCUAUCCUGUUGUUCAGAGAGGCAAAUUAAGAAUAUAUUCUAAAUGGUAUAUGUAUUUUCAAACAAAUAAAGCUCUUUGUUGUU